AUGGCGGCCAUCCAAAGGCAAAGAGAAGCCGAUUCCCGAGAGCUGGCCGAGCUACGUCGACAGAACGCCGAGCUCCGGAACCUGAACCAAACCUAUGUGCCGUCAACUCCCACACUCGAAGAAGAAUCCACCUAUCACGCCCCAACCGACCAGGUCACCCGAACUCCGGUCACAUCUUUAAUAGCCAACAAGGCCGACACCACCGUCCACUCCCUCAGACAUCCUUUUUCCAGAAGGAUAAUGGACGCAACCCUGUUGGAUCAUUGGAAGAGCAUGCCGAUCGAGAAGUACAAUGGAUCAUCCGAUCCCGAGGAGUACUUGAACGUUUUCUUGACUCAAGCAACUCUUUCCACUCAAGACGACUCGGAUUUCUGCCGAAUAUUCCCGACGUCACUGAAAGGAAGAGCCUUAAGUUGGUUCACCAGAUUGCCGAGCUCCUCCAUUGACUCGUUCAACGAGUUGUCGUCCCAGUUCACCCUACAAUUCGCCACGAGCAAGCCCUACAAGACGACCUCGUUAGCCUUAGCGGGGGUCCGUCAAGAAAAGAAGGAAAACCUGAGACGUUUCAUGGACCGAUUCAACAAGAUUGCAAUGGAGAUUGGCGAUCUCAAUCCUGCCGUGGCGCUGGACCGGCUAAGCACUGCCCUCAGGUCGGGGCCAUUCGUUAAUAGCUUAUGCAAGAAACCACCCGUUGACCUGAACGACCUCAGGCGACGAGCCGAGAAGUACAUGCAGAUGGAAGAACUUGCCGAGACUCGAAACCAAGCUAGGGCCGAGGAGGGCAAUGGUCGAAAGGAAUCUGGGCGAGAGCCGAUGAAAGAGACUUAUGCGGAACCGGCUAACACUCGACCCCCGAGAGGACCACGUUACAAAGCCUACACGCCCCUGAAUGCAAGUAGGGCCAAGGUGAUGGAGCAGGCCCUUGCCUCGGAAAUCCUCGCAAUGCCGAAACGAGCGAACACCCCUCCAAGGGCCGAUAAGGCUAAGACGUGCCGUUUCCACCGAAAUAGAGGACAUUCGACCGAAGAAUGCUCGACAUUAAAAGACAAGCUUGAGGACCUUAUAAAACAAGGCCACCUGAGAAAUUUUGUUACCUUUCAAGACCAGCUGAGAAGAAGACAUCCACCCCGCGAGGAGCACCAACCAAGAGACCGACGUCACCGAUCCCGAUCAGCCGAGAAGCAGGACCGAUCACGGCACUCGAGGGGGGAGAAUGACCGACCGAGGAAAGUAAUCAAUACAAUAGUCGGAGGCUUUGCCGGAGGAGGGUCCACCUCUUUGGCAUGGAAAAGAUACCUCCGAGCAAUGCGAUCGGUUAAUAGCGUGAACCAGCCGAGAAGGUCAAGAAUGCCACCAAUAACCUUCUCCGAUCGAGAUUUUCGAGGCGUCGAUCCUGUUCAGGACGACCCCAUGGUAAUUUCAGUCGAAAUGCAUAAUUGCAUUGUGAAAAAGACCUUGGUCGACCAGGGGAGCUCGGUCGACAUCUUAUACUAG